AUGCCGCCAAACAUCGCGCGCAUCAAGGACACGUGCUUCCACGGCGAGGUCUACGAGCCCGCGGAGGACAGCUUCCUCCUCGUGGACGCGCUCGCGGCGGAGUGGGACACCACGUUUCGGACGCGACCCCCGCGCGUCGCCGUCGAGGUCGGAUGCGGGACCGGGUACGUCAUCGCCUCCGCGGCGUUGUUAGCGUCGGCGUCGGGGAUCGUCCCCGGGGACGCCGUCCCCGGGGACGGCGGGGACGGGGAGAUCGACCGCGUCCAAAACGCCGCCGCCGCCGCCGCUGCCGCCUUCGCCUACUACGCCACGGACAUCAACCCGGACGCGCUCGCGACGACGCGCGCGACGCUGCGAAACCACGGCAUCGCGGACGAACGCGUGGAGCUGACGCGCGGCGACCUGCUGGGCCCGCUGCGCGAGCGUCUGCGAGGGAAAAUCGACCUGCUGCUGUUCAACCCGCCGUACGUGUUGACGCCGUCCGAAGAGGUGCGCGCGGGCGGGAUCGCCGCGGCGUGGGCGGGUGGGAAGGACGGCCGGGAAGUCGUCGACCGCCUUCUCCCGGACGUCGCCGACGUCUUAUCGCCGGACGGGGGAACGAUGCUCAUGAUACUAUUGGAGCAGAACAAGCCGAGGGAGGUGAUGGCGGUCUUGGAGAGAGCCGGACUGAGAUGCGACGUCGUGAGGAGCGCGUCCGCGGACGAGGAACGCCUGCACGUCUUACGCGCGGUGAAGGGCGGGGAUCGAUGA